AUGGGGCAGCAAUUCAGCUGGGAGGAGUCGGAGGCCGGCGAGAUGGACGUGGCCGAGCUCCAGGAGUGGUACAAGCGGUUCGUGGUGGAGUGUCCCAGCGGCACGCUCUUCAUGCACGAGUUCAAGCGCCUCUUCAAGGUCACGGACGACGAGAGUGCCAGCCAGUAUGUGGAGGGCAUGUUCCGGGCCUUUGACAAGAACGGGGAUGACACCAUCGACUUCCUGGAGUAUGUGGCGGCCCUGAAUCUCGUGCUGCGGGGCUCACUGGAGCACAAGCUCCGCUGGACCUUCAAGAUCUACGACAAGGACCGCAAUGGCUGCAUCGACCGCCUAGAGCUGCUGGACAUCGUGGAGUCGAUUUACAAGCUAAAGAAAGCCUGCCGGGUGGAGACAGCCAAGGACAAGAACGGGGAGCUGCUCACCCCAGAGGAGGUUGUGGACAGGAUUUUCCUCCUGGUGGACGAGAACGGGGAUGGCCAGCUGUCUCUGGAUGAGUUCAUCGAAGGUGCCCGUCGCGACCAGUGGGUGAUGAAGAUGCUGCAGAUGGAUGUGAACCCUGGCAGCUGGAUCACCCAGCAGAGGCGGAAAAGUGCCAUGUUCUGA